ACGACAUCAUGUGGAUCUCCAGAUAGUGGAGGAAUGUAAUAUAGAAGAAGAAGAAGACGAACUUCCAGGUAAUCGACAGUACUUUCGUUGGCAGGUGGGAUGAAAUGGUACUAGGACCAGUUUGUCUCCAGUAUCAAAAUCAUCUUGCAGACCACCAUUAGCAAGUUAGAGUUGUUGCAGAUUACAACCAUCUGUUAUGGAUAUAACAAAUUUAGAAUCUUCCUUAGAGCAGUACCGUUCUCAGCUCCUUCAAGUAGACCAAACCCUUCAGGCUGUUGGAGUCAAUGAUGAUCUACAAAAACUGAAAACUGAUCUUGUUGAGCUAAUCAAACUCACUGAGGACAGUUUGCUGUCUCUGAAGAAGAGUGAACUGUUAAACCAAAUCGAGACGAUUGAGACAAAAUCUGAUACAUGUGACGGCUUAGACGAAGAGUAUGCUGCAUUUCUGGCAGCAACUAGCGAUGCAGCUGAACCAUGUGGAUCAUCCAGUCAACCAAACCAGACUGAAUGUGCCGACAUCACUACGGAGCCAGCUGUUACCAGUGAAGAUGUAGAGAAGUCGUUUUCUCAGUUGGUGGGAAUGAAGUGUCGGGCGCCCUUCUCUCAGGACUGGGGUGACUUCAGCUACCACAAUGCUCUCAUUCUGUCGGUGCACACAGCAGAAGAUGAAACUAGGCCCAAAAUCUGUGUGCUGUUUUGCAAUCCUUUGCAUAUGUCAAUGGUGCCCUGCAAGUAUUUUAUUUCUGGAAAUUGCAAUUUUGGUGAUGACUGUAGAUUUUCUCACGGUCAUUUAGUUUGUAUUGAAGAGCUGCAGGAAUUUAUGGAUCCUGAUUUUAGUAAGCUCCGUGUUGCAGGGAAAUGUCUUGCUCUCUGUGAAGAAGAUGACGUUUGGUAUCCUGCUACAGUCGUAGAAUUGGAGAAUGACACAGUAACCGUGUCAUUUGUUGCUUCAGACAUCACAACAUCGAUUCCUGUACAAAAUGUCCUCCCAGUCGAACACACAGAAUCGGAAGAUGAUUCGUCCAGUAGCUCAGAUUCAAUGAAUUCAGAUGACGACCAUGAAUUCUUCAACAGUCAUACAGUAAAUGAGAAUAAAACAAUGCCUUAUGGUCCAUCAGAUGUAACACAACAGUUUGCGGACUGGGAAAAGCAUACAAAGGGAAUAGGUUCAAAGCUGAUGAUAAAAAUGGGUUAUGUUAUGGGGAAAGGACUUGGUGUCAGUGGUGAAGGACGCACUGAUCCUGUGCCGAUGUUGGUGCUACCACCAGGAAAAUCUUUGGACAAGAUUAUGGAACUGAAGGCUGCAUCGGGGAACAAUGAUAUCUUUGAUGCUAUGAAAAAAAUUGAAAAGAAAAAGAAAGCAGCUGAUAAAAAAGCAGAAUUGGACGCAAAAAGACCAAAAGAAGACAUAUUUGAUUUCAUCAACAGCAAACUGCAUGGGAAAAAAGGAAAUAUUGAGGAGCUUGUACACCAUCAUCAUCAUGGUCAACGUGUUGCAAGGAAAACAGAACACAUAGUAGCCAGGGAUCUGGAUAAGAAAAGCGACAAACACAUCAAUAUACAGUCGUUGAAAACUCAAGAAGAAAUACACAGUGUUGAGAAGAAGUUGAAGCAUCUCCGAGAGUCUCUGGCUCGCAAUGAACACAAAGACAAGAAAGUGGCAAAGCACUUCACAGAAAAGAUUUCAGCAAUGACAGAAUAUCUGCAGAAAUUACAGUCUUCUGAAAAAGCUAUAGAACAACACAAACAAAAGAGAAAAGAUCAUCGAAAGUUGGCUGUAUUUUAAAGAUUGUAUUUAACAAAGACAUGUCUUACUAUUUAUUUUGGCAUUAUGAUAUAGAUUGAUUUUACAUAUUAAAUAGUGCUAAAUGUA